ACACCUACGAAGUACUCUCUCCGGUCAUAUAUAGAGGGAGUACAAGAUAUUUCCAUGAAACACUUUAAUUUGGGCAUCCUAUCUCACAGAGGGAAUUUUCACACGAAGAAAUUAUAAAUAAAUCAGUUUAAUUUUCGUAGGCUUUGGUAAAAUUCUCACGUCAGGAAGGAACAGCUAUAGGUAGCGCGGCGUGGCCGUGUAAGCCUGUAAAAUAUCUCUAUUUAUUCUGCAAUUUUAUCUUGUGAACGUAAGUAACACAGGAUUGAGCAGUAGCUAGUGACGAUUAUUAAGCCAUGCACGGCGGCGGCGCCCGUGCGCUCGCGGCGGCGUUCGUGCUGGCCCUCCUCGCGGCGGCGCCGGCGGCGUCCGAGGUGGUCUGCAGCGGCCGGCGCUACGCGGCGAACAGCAGCUUCGAUGCCAGCCUCCAGCAGGUCGCCCGCACCCUCCCCGGCAACGCCUCCUCCUCCCCGCUCCUCUUCGCGACGCUCGCCGUCGCCGGCGAGGCGUACGCGCUCGCGCUCUGCCAGGGCGGCACGAGCGCGGGCUCCUGCAACUACUGCGUCGCGCAGACCAUGCGCGACGGGGAGCACGCCUGCGCCGGCGACGCCGACGUCGCCAUGUACGACGACAUCUGCACCGUCCGCUUCUCCGACCGGGACUUCCUCGCGGCCACCACCAACUCGCCGGAGAAGCUCGUCGUGGCCGGCUCGCAGUCGCAGAAGCUGGUCCCCUCCGCCGCCGGCCGCUUCUACCGCCUGGUCGGCGAGCUCCUCGACGCCACCGCGGACUACGCGGUGGCCAACUCGACGGCGCGGUUCGCCACCGGCGACGUCGGCGUCGGCGGCUACUUCGACGGCGAGCCGUUCUCCAAGAUCUACGCCUUGGCUCAGUGCACGCCGGACCUGACACCGGCGCAGUGCCGCGCGUGCCUAGCGUCGGCCAUGGAGGAGAUGACCCGGCAGGUCUUCGCCGCCAGUUCGCCGGGAGGGAAGGUCAUCGGCGAGCGCUGCGGCCUCCGGUUUGAGGUCUUCUCCUUCUACACCGUCGACGCCAUGGUGCACCUGCAGGUUGCCAUGGAAGGCAAAAAGAAAUCAACCCCGGUUCUUGCAAUUGUACUUCCGAUAGUAUUUGCUGGAUUACUCACAAUCAUAAUAGUUAGUUUUUAUAUUUGGAGGAAGAAAAGAUUGCCGACCAAAACACCACUCAUCGAAAAUACAGAGGACCUCGAAGAUUUUGAAUCUAUCUUUAUUGAUCUUUCAACAUUGCAAUCAGCAACAUCCAACUUUGAUGAAAGCAAUAGGCUUGGUGAAGGAGGAUUUGGUGUUGUUUUUAAGCGUUUGAUUGCUCAGGGUGUCUUCCCUGAUGGACAAGAAGUAGCAGUAAAGAGGCUUUCCAAUUGCUCCAAUCAAGGACUAGGACAAUUGAAGAAUGAACUGUCUUUGGUAGCCAAGUUGCAGCAUAAGAAUCUUGUUAGGCUUAUUGGUGUCUGCUUGGAAGAAGGAGAGAAGGUGCUUGUUUAUGAGUACAUGCCCAACAAGAGCUUGGAUACUGUUCUUUUCGAUCCAGAGAAAAGCAAACAACUUGACUGGGGAAAGCGAUACAAUAUUCUAUAUGGAAUUGCUCGAGGCCUACAAUAUUUGCAUGAACAUUCUCAAUUGAAGAUAAUCCAUAGGGAUUUGAAAGCAAGCAACAUUUUACUUGAUUCAGACAUGAAACCCAAGAUUGCAGAUUUUGGGAUGGCAAAGAUCUUUGGAGAUGAUCAAACCAGGAAUGCCACAAGCCGCGUUGUUGGAACGCUUGGUUACAUGUCUCCGGAAUACGCUAUGCGGGGGCAGUACUCAACGAAGCUGGAUGUCUUCAGCUUCGGCGUCCUGGUCUUGGAGAUCGUGACAGGGCGAAGGAACAGUUAUGCGGUGGUCUCUGAACAUUGCGAAGAUCUCUUCAGUCUUGUGUGGAGGCACUGGAAUGAGGGAACAGUUACAGAGAUUGUGGAUCCUUCUCUGGGCAACCACUACUCUAGAGGAGAUAUCCUGAAAUGCAUCAACAUUGGGCUUCUGUGCGUCCAGCAAAACCCAGUGGACCGGCCGCCGAUGUCAGCGAUCAUCCUUAUGCUCAGUAGUGGCACCGUCACUCUGCAAGCACCCUACAGGCCGGCAUAUAUCUUUGGCAGGAACAGGAGCUACACGGAAACAAUGGACGUUCCAUUACCUUCGGGGCCUCAUUCGUCGAUCACUGAGCUUGAACCUAGAUAAAGUCAUUGGUCAUCUAACGAUAGAAAUGGAUGGGGUUGGAAUUCAUCGGUACCCGUUGUCUCAGUCUAAUUAAGUGUCACGUCUUUAGUUGAAAAUUAGCGGUUACAUGCGCGACCAUCUUACUCUCUGUUAGAGCAUCAACGACAACCUGCGUGAAGUCAUCAAAGCACUAGGUGCAGGUCUCGUACGAUGACGUACGAUUACCAACGGGGAGAGGUAUUAAUGUAUGAUAGACUUUGCCAAAUGUUCUAUUAGAAGUGUACUCUUUUGUCAAAUGUACUUUUCUACUGAAGACUUAACUCUGUAAAUCUAUAGCAACUAGUCAAAAACUCUUCUUGUCACGGCAUUAUCACAAAAGGUACCUCAUAUUUUAUAAAUCAACAGAUAUACGAUGUGA